AGUUGUUCUGUGGUGUUUAGCUGUUCCAUGCUGUGAACUUAACCUCAUUUUACAAACGUGCACUAACCUCAAACAAUGUAAACAGUGAAAAGUGUGUUUAUUUUAAUUUUCUAACCAUUAAAUGCGAUUAUAAGAUGCCAAGUAGCAAAGUCUUUCAGCCGUGUAGGAGCAUCGGCUACGUAAGCAAUCACGUACCUGUGCAAGUGAGGUACAUAAAAAGUCGUAAGGAAAACCUGUUGGUAACAUGUGUAGGGAAAUCCUUUCAUACGUACGGUGUCUCGCACUUUGGACUGCUUGCAGUGAGCGGUUUGCACCCCGGAGACAUCUCUUGCAUGACCUCAGACACAUAUCACGUGUACACAGCCUGUGGGAACAUCAUAUAUGCAUGGCGAAGAGGUACAGAGCUGAAACAUACUUACAGGGGUCACAAGCAUCCGGUUCACCUAAUGAUCCCCUUUGGGCCCCAUCUGAUAUCUGUAGAUGAGAAGAGUAGCGUGAAGAUAUGGGAUAUCAAGGCAGAAAGUGUUUAUUUGGAUCUAACAUUUAGCAGUACAAAUUUCAGUAUAAGUGCCCUGCUGCACCCAAGCACAUACAUAAACAAAAUUCUGUUUGGAAGUAAUAAAGGGGAGAUGCAGUUGUGGAAUGUACAUAGUGCCAAACUGAUAUAUUCAUUCAAGUCAUGGAAAGCUGGAAUAUGUUGCUUACAGCAAGCACCAGCUGUCGAUGUUGUUGCAGUUGGGUUGAGUACAGGAAGGAUAAUCUUGCAUAACCUCAAGUAUGACGAGACUAUUAUGGAGUUCCAACAAGAUUGGGGAUUGGUAACAUCAAUCUCAUUCCGUACAGAUGGCCUCCCAAUAAUGGCUACGGGCAGUGUCAGUGGACACAUUGUCUUUUGGGACUUGGAAGAGCGAAAAGUUGCUCAUCAGCUCCUGCAGGCACAUGAUGGCUCUGUCACAGGCAUGGUAUGCAUGCCAGGUGAGCCCCUCAUAGUUACCUCAUCCCCUGACAAUACACUGAAGUUGUGGAUUUUUGACAUGACUGAUGGAGGGGCUAGGUUGUUGAGGAUCAGAGAAGGACAUUCUGCUCCUCCCACUCACAUAAGGUUCCACGGUGCUAAUGGACAUAAUAUUUUGAGCGCUGCUAGUGACUCUACACUUAGGAUAUUCAACACACAAACUGAACAGUUCAACAAGAGCUUAGGCAAGGCGUCUUACAAUCGCAAAAUAAGCAAAAAACGAGGCCGAGCUGUAGAAGAUCCAUUGAAAAUGCCACCAAUAGUAAAUUUCACGUCAGAAACUACGCGGGAGAAAGAAUGGGAUAAUGUAGUAGCCAUACACCAAGGGCUUGUCAUGGUAACCACUUGGUCGUAUGAUAAGGUGAAAAUGGGUGAACUGAAACUGAUACCAGAAAGGUUUCAAAAGAAAAACCUGAAAACCGACCUGGAUGUUACUGCUACUUGCCUGUGUUUGACUCAUUGCGGGAAUUUUGUUGUUGUUGGAUACAGCACUGGUCAUAUUGACAGAUUCAACAUUCAGUCAGGUAUAUGGAGAGAUAGCUAUGGCAAUCCCAAAGCCCAUGGGAAUGCUGUUAGAGGGGUAGCUGUAGAUAAUUUUAAUCAGUUAGUUAUAAGUGGAUCUAGCGAUUCUACAGUCAAAUUUUGGAGAUUUAAGAACAAAGGAACUGAUCCUCUAAGUAUUUUGAAAGUAGAAGAGCCGGUAAAUUUCUUCAGAUCACAUGGUGAAAGUAGCUUACUAGCUAUAGCUCUAGAAGACUUCUCAUUGUUGAUUUUGGACAUGGAAACUAGAACUGUAGUGAGGAAAUUUCUGGGUCAUACAGCACAACUUACUGAUGCUAGUUUUAGUCCAGACUCAAGAUGGCUUGUGACUUCUGCUAUGGAUUGUACUAUCAGGUUAUGGGACGUGCCAACCGGUCACCUAGUUGACGAAUUUUCAACUGAGAGAGCGUGUAUUUCGUUAGACUUCUCUCCGACUGGAAUUGCAUUGGCAACAGCGCACGUUGACUGUUUGGGCUUGUACCUCUGGACCAAUAAGACGCUAUUUACUAAAGUUACACUGAAAGCAAUCACUCCUACCGAUGAGCCGCCUAUGAUUGAUCUGCCAGAACAUCCUGAGUAUCAAGAUGAAGAGGUUGAAGAAGAAAUAAAGACAGAAGACGAGUAUACUUCUCCAGAACAACUGGAUAAAGACAUGGUGACAAUGUCGGGCUUAGCAGCUUCACGUUGGCAGAACUUAUUGAACAUUGAUAUAAUAAAAAGGCGGAACAAGCCUAAGGAGCCCCCUAAAGCACCAAAGGCUGCGCCGUUUUUCUUACCAACUGUGCCCACACUUAAUCCUGAUGUGCAGUUUGAUUUGGGUUCAAAUGAUCAAGAUAACUCUGGAAGCAAAAUCCUCGCACCUAUUAACUUCGUCAACCUAACCGAUUUUGGGAAACUGUUAAAAACAACCAAACAAACAAACAAUUUUGCCCCAGUGAUCGAAAAAUUAAAAACCUUAGGUCCUUCAAUGAUCGAUUUUGAAAUUAAAUGCCUCGCCCCUGAAGGAGGCGGUUCUGUAGAGGUUAUGCUGCAGUUUUUGAGAUGCAUAGAAAGUAUGUUGCAAUCAAAUAAGGAUUUUGAAAUAGCCGAGUCUUGCUUAGGAGUGUUUUUGAAAGCGAAUGGAAGCACUGUAGCGCAAGAAGAGGCACUCAGAAGUUAUUUAACCAACAUAGCAACUUGCCAUGAUGUCACGUGGAACAGGUUGCAAGAAAGGCUGAUGUAUGGAAUUUGUGUUGUUCAGAACAUGAAGAAUUUGUGAAAUAAACUAUUUUGUAGAUACCUAUCAGUCCUCAGAA